UUGAGCGAUGAUGUGGUUAUAUUGGGUGCUGCAAGAACACCAAUCGGUUCGUUCCAUUCGCAGUUAUCUUCUAUUCCUGCAAUUCAGUUAGGUUCAAUUGCAAUUUCUGCUGUUCUUCAACGUACCGGUAUAAAUUCGAGCAAUGUUCAAGAGGUUUUCAUGGGACAAGUAUGUCAGGCAGGAGUUGGUCAGGCACCAGCACGACAAGCAGCGCUUCGAGCUGGUCUAAAAGAAUCUACGGUUGUCACAACUGUUAAUAAAGUAUGUGCAUCAGGCCUUAAAGCAAUAAUGCUUGCAGCUCAAACAAUUCAAGCCGGACAUCAACAGAUUGUCCUUGGCGGUGGAAUGGAAAGUAUGAGUCAGGUUCCAUUUUAUAUGCCACGCGGUGAAACCAUUUAUGGUGGAUUCAAUAUUCAGGAUGGUAUUGUAAAGGAUGGUCUCACAGAUUCUUAUGAUAAUAUUCAUAUGGGUGUUUGUGCUGAAAAGACCUCUACAGAUUUUGCGAUAUCCCGCGAAGAACAAGAUAAUUAUGCAAUAGAAAGCUAUAAACGAUCGGCAGCAGCAUGGAAUGGUGAAAUUGGUGCUGAAAUAGUUCACGUGGAAGUAAAAACGCGUAAAGGCAUUAAUCUCGUCAAAAUUGAUGAAGAAUUUACGAAAGUCGAUUUUGAAAAAUUAUCAACUCUUCGUACUGUAUUUAAAAAAGAAAAUGGAACAAUUACAGCCGGGAAUGCUUCUACUUUAAACGAUGGUGCAGCUGCAGUAUUAUUAUCGUCUAUAGAAAGUGCAAAAUCUUUGGGAAUUAAACCUGUUGCUCGAAUUUUAUCGUUCGCCGAUGCCGCUACUAAACCAAUUGAUUUUUCUAUUGCACCAGGUUUAAUUUUGGAUAUGGCUGGCUUAAAGCAAUCCGAUAUUGAUAUAUUUGAAAUAAAUGAAGCAUUUUCUGCUGUUGUGCUAGCCAAUAUCAAAAUGCUUGGUCUAGAUUCAUCUAAAGUCAAUCCGCAUGGAGGUGCUGUGUCAUUGGGGCAUCCAAUUGGAAUGUCUGGUGCUCGUUUAAUUACCCAUCUCGUAUAUGCAUUGAAAAGUGGUCAGAAAGGCUUAGCAGCGAUUUGUAAUGGAGGUGGUGGUGCAAGUGGUAUGAUCAUCGAAAAAUUAUAA